CGAUUCCCGCCGCGUCCGAAGCGGACGGCGCGAGAUGCGCGAGCGCGUCGGCUCCCUCCGCGUCCUCCUCCUCUCGCCCUUCCGAGUCGGACUCUUCUUCUAUGAGCACGUCCGGCUCCGAGGACGACGACUCGGAUGCCGGGGGCGGCGGCGCGGUGUGUGUUGGAGGGUAUAUCCAUCCAAACUGGCCGGACCAUGGGCGAGGUCAUGUCGGAGUUGAUGAAGUUGAUGAGGAACCUGCCGGGGGAGCUCCGACACAUGCCCGGUCUCCCUCCAAUGUACGACUACGAAGACUUUCCCCAGGAGAUGCCCGAGGGUUUCGAUGAGCCCCUGAUGCACAUCUCACUAUCCAGCCACGAGUUCUUCCAGAAAUGCGACGGCGGAUCCCGUCUGCGAUCCGGAGUUUGAAGCCCUAGAGCGAUGGAUGGCGUCCUUCUCUCCGCCGCGCAAGGUGUACAACGUUGGGCCGCAGCUUCCGUCACGAUCUGGCACCGGCGGCGAGUUCGAUCUGUCUCCGGAGGCUAAGGACAUCGUUGACUUCCUCGAGUCCGUCCUUCAAACCCAUGGACCGACCUCUGUCGUAUACAUCUCCUUCGGCACGAUAUUCGGACCAUGGGCCAAGCCAGACAGUCUCUGGGCGGUCCUGGACGUGCUCAUGGAGAACAAAGUGUUGUUCAUCUUCAGUCACGCCUCCCCCAUGGCAAUCAUACCCGACUCCGUCGCAGAAAAGGUUAAGAAGUACGGCCUGGGCGCGUUCACCCAGUGGUCGCCACAACAGUACAUCCUUUCGCACCCGGCAACUGGCUGGCUCCUGACCCACGCGGGAUACAACAGCGCGAUGGAAGGCCUAAGCUCCGGGAUCCUCAUGCUCUUUAUCCAGACACUUAAUCGGGGCAAUCAGCCCGUCGUCGCCGCCACGCUGAGCAGCACGCUCGACGUCGCCUACCAGCUGUUCGAGGACGGCCUGCGCCCGAUCCACCGGACGGGCAAGGCGCCGGAGAGCACGGUCGACGCCGUAAGACGUGAGUUUGCGGAGGUGCUGGACAAGAUGCGCGGCGAGGACGGGACGAAGAAGAGGCAGAACGUGAAGAGGAUCCAGCAGGAGCUAAUCGCCACGGUGCGGGAGGGCGGGCGUUUGAGGGCGCGCUACUUGGACCUUUAA